UGGUCAGGCUAAUCAACCGCUGAUAACCCAUGGGCGAUAGAUCCGUACUCCGCAGGAGUCAGCGGACGGCUUUGAUCUCAUCACGCUCUCAAAAUUCAUCAAUCGUCCUAAAAGAGCCAUCCCGUCCUCAACCUCAACGAACAAUUCAGUCCAACUUUAUGCUUCGCUUUCACUGCUGAAAUCCCAACCUAAAAAUCUCUUCUCCUGCCUCGAAAUUCUCAUACCCGGUUGUGUUUUCAAAUAUACAAACGGGAAGUAGAAACUGGAAAAUUGAGUGAGCAGGAACCCUAAUUCCCUGCCGAAUUUUAGCCGUCUAUUUUGAAUUUGGUCCUCCCUAAACCCUUCAUUUGAUUUGUAUGAGAAUGGUUUAAGCACUUCUGAGGAUGAGAAAUAUGAUGUUCAGAACAUACGGCCGACGGGGUAGAGGCUUGACCAGGAGCUUUUCCGGUGGGAAUAGCUUUGCCGACGGAGUUUCGGAUUCAUCUUCCCCAGAAAGGCCGGAGGAUGUUUACGAUUUCACGCUUCCGUCGCAGGAGUCCACUCGCUGCGACUGGUCUGAUCCACAUAGUUUCAGGUCGUCUCAGGAGACGGGAGAAUUGGCGUUGCUGCCCCCUAGAAAGGGCGGGGAUGGCAAUGGCGGUUAUUGGAAAUCGAAGAAAGUGGAGUUGAUUGAUGUUGAUUCGGAGCCCUAUGGAAGUUCCUCACAAGAAUUAAAGGAAUUUGAAGUAUUGGAGGUUUGUGAAAGGGAUUUCAAGAAAUCCAAGAAAGUCAAUUCCGAUCCUUAUGAGUAUAAUUCGUCCCAGGAGGCGGAGGAAUUUGUUGUGCGGCCUCAAAAGAAGGGCAGGGAGACCAGUGUUUUUGAUUUCUCCGAACAAGGGGAGUUAUGGAAAUCGAAGAAGUCCAAGAAUGUUGACUCUGAUUCAUAUAUGUUAAAUUCAUCCCAGGACUUGGUUGAUUUGGGGAUUCCCUUGCCAAGAAAGCGUGAGCGCGAUGGGGAUUGCUGGGAAUUUGGAGUUUCUGGGAAAUCCAAGAAAAAGGAUAGGGGAGAAAAUGGGGUUUUACAAAAGAAAAAGAAGAAGAAGAAAAUGAAAUCAAAGGAGUCACAACAAGGUUAUGUGGAGCUUACCACUACAUUGAUGGAGACUCAAGAGUUUGGGGAGAUGAUGGAGCAUGUGGAUGAGGUGAAUUUUGCGUUGGAUGGGUUGAAGAAGGGACAACCGGUGAGGAUUAGGAGGGCAAGUCUUCUUUCAUUGUUAUCAAUUUGUGGAACAACACAGCAGAGGCGGCUUUUGAGGGUUCAUGGGAUGGCAAAAACUAUCAUUGAUGCCGUUUUAGGACUCAGCUUUGAUGACCAGCCAAGCAACCUCGCUGCUGCUGCUUUAUUUUACAUUCUGACAAGUGAUGGUCAAGAAGAUCAUCUUCUGGAUUCACCAGGUUGCAUUCGCUUUCUAAUAAAAUUGUUGAAGCCACUUUCAUCUAGUUCUGCCAAGGAAAAAGCAAUGCCCGUUGGUAGCAAACUUCUAGGGCUGUGCAAGAAUGCUGGUUUCUUACAAGAGUCAGCUAAGGGAACAGAUUCCAGCUCCACUGCAAUUAUGCUCAAGGUCCGGGAGAUUCUUGUCAACUCCAAGGAAAUGAAGCCAAGAGAUAGUAGUGAUGGUAGAAAUGAAGAGCCUGAGUUAAAUCCCAAAUGGAUUAGUUUGCUUACAAUGGAGAAAGCUUGCUCAUUUAGCAUCUCUAUUGAAGAUACCUCUGGCACUUUACGGAAAACUGGGGGCAACUUCAAGGAGAAGCUGAGAGAGUUUGGGGGGCUUGAUGCAGUUUUUGAGGUGGCGAGGAAAUGUCAUUCCGUAAUGGAGGGAUGGUUGGAGAAAAGUCCAACUUUUGCUUUGGAUUCGAAAGAUACUUUGGGGCUAGAAAGUCUAGUCCUGCUUUUGAAAUGUCUAAAAAUCAUGGAAAAUGCUACUUUCCUUAGCAAUGAUAACCAGUGCCAUUUACUUGGGAUGAAAGGAAAUUUUGAUGGUCAACAAGCUCCACGGUCUUUCACAAAACUUCUUCUGAGUAUCAUUAAAAUUCUAUCAGGUGUGUCCCUACUCAGAAAUUCUUUGAAUGGUUCUGAGGAUGAAAAAAAGGGUGGUAUUACUUGUGGGAGCAGUCAUUUGGGGGCGCGCUGUAGCAUGGAAUGGACUUCCCAUGAAAGCUCUGAUCAAUGGGAUCAAUGCUUGAGCCCUGGGCAGCAAGGAUCUUUUAGGUCUAGUCUGGAACCCACUCAGGUGUCCGCUGAUCCUCUGUUGCUAAAGCUGAGAGUUGAAUCUUCUCAAGCAGGAUCAUGCAGUGGAACAUCUUGGAAUUCAAAUAGUAUGGUGAACAUAAACAAUGAUUAUUCAGAAAUGGACUUUAGUACUGGAAAGAGACCGGUAAUAUGUACUGACACCAAAAUGAAGGAGGACAGUGGGGAUCCUUUUGCAUUUGAUGAGGAUGAUUUUGAACCCUCAAAGUGGGAUUUACUAUCUGGAAAUGGAAAGAAGUCUUUAUCUCAAGAUAGUAGCGCAAAAGUGUGUGGAUAUAAAGAUGGGAAUCACUAUGUACCAUUGUCGAGCCAACAGGAGUCAAACAACAUAGAAUAUCAUCAUUCACAAGAGACCUCUUGUUCCUCGGCAGUUGAUGAAGAUAGUUCCAACCUUCUGGCAGAUUGUCUUCUUACGGCUGUCAAGGUUCUUAUGAAUUUGACCAAUGACAAUCCUGAGGGUUGUCAGCAAAUUGGAACCUGUGGGGGGUUAGAAAUCUUAUCUUCUCUGAUUGCCGGUCAUUUUCCAUCAUUUAGCUUAUCGUUGCCACACUUUGGUGAUGCAAGAGGGGGUGGCUUGUCGUCUAAAUCAAGUCCUAGGAUCAAUCAACAGAGCAACUCACCUCUCACUGAUCAAGAGCUGGACUUUCUUGUUGCUAUUUUGGGUUUGCUUGUGAAUUUGGUAGAGAAGGACAGCGUUAACAGAUCCCGGCUUGCAGCAGCUAGUGUUUCCUUGCCCAACCCUGAAGGUAUAGACUCGGAGGACCAGAAUGAUGUGAUUUCUCUACUGUGCUCGGUCUUUCUGGCUAACCAAAGCAGCAGUGAGGCUGCUGGAGAGGAAAAAUGUUUGUCCUGGGAGGAUGAAGAUUCCAUAUUACAGGGAGAGAAGGAAGCUGAAAAAAUGAUUGUAGAAGCUUAUGCAGCUCUUCUUCUUGCAUUCCUUUCGACAGAAAGCAAGAGUGUACGUGGCGCCAUUGCUGAAUGUCUUCCCAACCGCAACCUGAGAAUACUUGUCCCGGUGUUGGAGAGAUUUGUGGAAUUCCAUCGGACACUGAACAUGAUCUCACCAGAGACGCAUAUUGCAGUUCUUGAAGUAAUAGAGUCAUGUAGGAUACCAUGAAACCUUGAGAAUAAGGUCGCAUACUUUGUACAGCCUCAAGUUUUCUCAUAAUAUUACACCAUUUGUUGUCAUGGAGAGCAGUAAUUUUGUGGUGCAUUAAACACAGUAGUACUCUGGUGGUGUUCUCUUUGUUGCUUUCGGUUUUGUAUACCUUUUCCUUUUGGUUUAUUUUAUUAAUUAUUAAUAAUAUGCUCAUAUGUUUCCAGCACCAA